UUCACUAACCAAUGGGUGGCGUCCAGGUAGGUUGUCUCUUGGAUUGUUUGGGUGGAGCAAGAAAGAGAGACAGGAAGACAGGAAACGCACAAUGUGUUAAGUUUCGAUACUUCUUUCUACAGAAGACACUUCACUUCAUCACUGUAAUCUGAAGAAGACAAAUGGAUUAUCUACUACAGAUUAAACUGGAAAUCCCUCCAACAUCAACACAUCCUGUAAUACAGUGUGUAAUUAAAGGCAACCUCAAGAGUCUCAAAAAAUUACUGAGGGACAAUGACAUUGAUGGACAGUUCCCCUGCACUGAGUUGGAUGAUUUUAUAACCCCACUGAUUGCUGCUGUUGUAUAUAAAAAGACGGAUAUUUUCAUUUACCUUCUAAAGGAGAAUGGCGAUCCAAAUGCUUGUUCCAAAACGUCUUUGACACCUUUGCAUUUCAUUGGAUGGGACGAUGCACCGGCAAUUUUUGCAAGGAUGUUACUUGAUGCAGGCGCCGAUCCAAAUGGAUGGUUUCAACAGCCUUUCACACCUGUGCAAAUAGCCAGCAUUUGUGACAGGGAUGAUGUCGUGAAAGAGCUCCUCUCUGCUGGUGCACUGGUAGACUUGAUACCUCCGACUGGACCUGAAUGUCAAUCUUUUAAUCACAAAAUAGCUCAGACAAUUUUCAAGUUGGCUUCCAGUGGAGAUGAACUAUGCUCCAAAUUAAGGGAUUUUGUGGAACUGAAAAUUGCUUUGCUAGACGGAAAAGAACCAGAAGAAGUGUUUAGAACUUUUGUCAGUCGUAUGCUAUUGGUUGAUCCUCAGACUCAUCUGACCAUUAUCGAGCUUCUCUUUAAUGUUACUGGGAAAAAUGAAGAAAAAUACCGCAGAGAAAGCAUCAAAUGGCUGAAAGAAACUGAAAAUUUGAACUCCUUCAUUACAGGGGCAGUGAGUCACCUUCCAAAAAUUCAUCACGAACAUGUACAUUGUACGAUAAAGAGUUUACAUGCAGUCUUUUGCACAAUUGAGCAGAUACCAGUUGAGCAAGCACUGGUUAUCAUCCCCAGACUUUUGGAAAUACUUGGCUACAAAGAGACACCUGACAUUAAGCUGUUAGAAGCUGUUCAGUCAACACUGUAUGUGAUGACACAGAAAACACAAGUCACAAAUGGCUGGCAUCCAAGUUUUAUUGAGAAGUUGUGCGGGACAGUUGCUCCUUUUGUCAACGAUCAAUUCUCCUCUGACAUCCGAGUCUACACAUAUGGCAUAGUUGGAAACUUGCUGUCUGUUGAACAUGCUGUUAGCAUCUUUACAUCAGCAGGGAUCACGUCAGUGCCAGAGGAGAUACUGGCAUCUGCAGAUAUGAAAAUGAAUGACAAGCUGAAAGAAGUGCUCAGACGACUGAAAGAUCAUUUGAGCAAACUCAACGGAGAGUGUGAAGGGGCAAGAAAAAAGAAGAAGAAAAAGAAAAAGAAGAAGCCAGAAAAGACCCAAGACCCAAAUGAUGAAGUUAGCAGUGCUUCAACUGAUCCAGCAGUUCCAGCUGAAGCAUCAGGAACACACCACUGGCUCCAAAUAAGCGAGAGGUGGAGGGAAAAAUUAGAGAGGCUUGUACACUGCUUAAAGACUGGUGAAAGUAAAGUCACCAGAAUUGGAAGCAUUGCUUACAUCAAUGAUGUUGAGUUUCGCAUAGCGAAUGGGAGCGAUGGUACUGAAGUCUUCUUGGGACUGAGAGAAAGUGACGGCCAAGAAAUUGCAAUUAAGAGAAUGUCUAAAACCAACUAUCAAGUGCUGAAGAAUGAGGAAGUCCUUCUGCGACAUCCAAAGCUCUACGACAGCUGUGUUGUGAAAUAUGUUGACUUUGAAGAAGAUGAGAACUUUGGAUAUCUCUGUCUUCAACUUUGUGAAUACACCCUGGAAGAACAUAUAAAAAAAAAGGAUCACAGUCUGCAUCCACAGGAACUUGUCUAUGACGUCCUUGACAGUUUAAGGGCACUUCAUUGUAAAGAGCCACAAAUUCUCCACCGAGAUCUCAAACCACAAAAUGUUUUGAUCGAUGUGAACGGAAGGGCAAGAUUAGCUGAUUUUGGCAUAAGCAGACGUUUGCCUAAAAACCAAACUACUUAUCACACACGCAGUGCAGGAACAGAAGGCUGGAUGGCCACAGAGACUUUAAAAGAAGACGGUGACAUACGAUACAAAUCGAGCACAGAUAUACAGGUGGCAGGAAUGCUGAUUUAUUUCAUCCUCUCCGGUGGACACCAUCCUUUUGCUGGUGAUCGCUAUGAGCUUAUGUCAAACAUUAUAAAGGGGAAGUAUAAGUUGGACCACGUUCAAGAUGUGGUGGCCAAGGAUCUCAUCGAGAAGAUGAUCGAUAAAGAACCACAGAACAGACCCAGAGUGGAAGAGUGUUUGAGUCAUCCCUUCUUCUGGACCAGCACAAAGAAAGUACAAUACUUGAGGCAGGUUGGGAACUUGAAGGAGGUGGCAAGCAGACAAAAUGUUAACCAGGAGUUGAUUUUGAUGCUGGAUGAAUGUGCUGAGGGUGUUCUCUACAAUCAGUGGAAAACUAAGUUUUCACCCGACCUGUUGCUGAGGGUGGAUGACAAGAAGAAACCAUACCCUGAAAACAUACUGGGAUUACUCCGCUUCAUGCGAAACCUCCAGGAGCACUAUCCCGAUGAUGCAGCCAGCGUUGAUCUGACAUCACUGUUUCCUGAUCUCUUUGGAUGCGUUUAUAAAUUCACCAUAAGGAAAGGGUGGAAUUUAGAGAAUCCCCUGAAGGAAAUGUUCACACCAGAAAAGACAGGGGGCGCCAACAGAUAUGAAGUGGAACCCCAAAACAAUGACGAGCACGUCAGGCUUGCAGUUCAAGAAUCUGAACACACUUUCACUGAGCCAACUGCAGAUACCAAAAGCAGCAUCAGCCGUAUCUAGUCCAGUAGAGCUAACCUGGGUAGAUUCAUCAUUGAUGAUGAAACUGCACCAUUCAUAGAGACUAUUUGAACAGGCAGUUUAAAUAAACGUUAAUAUCUUUAAGCUGCAUUUUAAGUUGAGUUUAAUUAAAGCAUUCAAACAAAUCCAGUCAAGUAAACAUUUGGCUAAAACAAUGUUCAUCACUGCCUCCUAUAUUUGUUAAUAGAUUUGCAUUAACAGUUAAUACAACAAUCCUGUGCUGGGUACCUAGGUCUCAAGCUUUGUAUUAAACUCCAGAAUUAACAUGGUGCUGUUUUCCUCAGAUUCAGAAUUCCAAGGCUGGUCAUCAAAAUAUUCCUCUUUCACUAUAUGAUGAUGACUCAGUAUUUUAUAAUGUAUAAUACAGGACAUUUUAUUGACUAUUUCGUCUAUGAUUUUUGAAUGAAGUUUUUACUCUUGACCUUGAGACUUAAAAGGAGCAAUUACAUUUUUUUUGGCCACAGUAGAUUCUUAUUUUACAAAGUUGAGGAUCAUAGCGAGGUAAUGUGAUCAGAACAAUCAACAAUGCUUUGUCAUAGAGUACUAAAUCUAUAUUUCUUGAAAAAAAACUUGAAAAAUCGCCAUUACCAAUUUUUUUUGAGUCAUUUUAGCUUCUUGAGAUGUUAAACUUCAUCUAUCAAACAUGUAAAAAUAUGAUUUUGAGAAAUGUUUUAUCUAGUUGUGUUCAUGUGAUGCUACUGCCCGCUGUGUGCCUACCCUUGUGAGAGAGCUUGUGUGGGUGCAAAGGGGAACUCGGCUCCUAAAGAGGAUAACAGAAAUGAUGUUGUUUCGAGUCGAAUUUCAAUGUCGGUUUAGGGUAAUUGCUGUUUGUAUUUAUCUUUCCUAUUGUUUUAGACCUUUUUACAAAGAAACAUAACAUAUUUAGUGCAGAAUUGAAUGCGAUUGUUGGACCUUUUGUUGAAGUAUGUGAUUGACCAUGUGCCAGACGGACUGCACUAUAUUUUUUAUAUUCAUUCAGACUUUCAGAGAUCUGAGUUUUUAAAAUGAGAAGAGGGGUUGGUAAAUGUAAAAAGCAGCCUCCCCCUUAAAAUUCAGCUGACAUUCCUGAGGGUAGAAAAUUGAUCCAUUUGGAUGUAUAUAUUUUUGCAAUACCCUUUGUUAAUGGUUUUAUACCCAUAAAUAAAUAAUCAGAACCUCAGAGAAAUAUAAUGUUUCAAAUAUUGAUUUAUUCCCAUUUGGGACAUUUGAGGAUGGAACCGGUUUGGUUGCCACCUACCUCAUGUUCCGGUUGUAAUGUACAGGAUGUUGCCUUCAGGGUUUCAUGGACCCACAGUGCCUCCCGCUUGCCGUGAUACAGUAUCACACACCUUUGUUUUUUUCACACAGGGAAUGUAAUGAAAGCACAAACCUUUAAUUAUCAUAGCUGAGAUCACAGUUGUUAGAGUGUAGUUUAGUGGUAAAGGUAACUGGGUGCUAGAGAUGAUAUUGCAUACAGUAAGACAAAUAAAUGGUUUUUGGGGGUGAAUUAUUCAGGACUGGAUAUAGUUUAAUGCUUUCUUAAACAAAUGUAUAUUAAUAGAAAAUCCUCAGUUAGAUACAAUUUUUGCUCAGAGGAACUUAAAGUGGCAAAGUAGACAUGAGGUGUGUUUAGGUGAUGUCAGGGAAAUUCCACCUACUUACAAGUUUGUAAAAAUAGAACCAGUUGUUGGACAGCUAACUUUGUAAUAAAAUAUUCAAUAAUCCUA